GAGAGAAGGUAUAUAAGGAAGGGCGUCGGGGAAGCGAGAGUCAGUGGAGACAUGAAGAGCGACAGGAUGGCGAGGCUGACGUGUUGCCUCCUGCUGGUGUGGGCUUCUGUGGGCGCCGCCAUGCCCAACGCCGGCCAACGAGGCGUCCCACUAGCGGCAGGUGUUCCGGAGGCGCGCCAGAACGCCCAGGCAGAGAGAUUCACACACGGAUUCGCCAGUGACUUCGCAAAGAAUCUUCCGACUAGCGAAUUCCUGGGGAGCUUUGCAGGAAGGCAGAAGAGACAGGUUGCAGUCACUUCCGCCAUCGAGGGAAUUCUCAGUACCCAUUACGGGGGCGAACCAGCCACACCGCACCUCCAGGCUCUUCUCACGCGUAACUCCCUUGCUCGACCUGCAAGACAGUCACCGAGUUCCCUCUCCUCCCCUUCGUUCUCUGCUUCUUCUUCUUCUUCUCCUUCGUCUACUAGACCACAAGCCCCUAUUCGCCCCGAUUUUCAAUCUCCUCCCCGGCCUUCUGCUUCCUUUUCUGCUCCUUCCUCGUCCUCAUCCUCGUCCUCAUCCUUUCGACCACUGAACAGACCUCCUACCUCAAGGCCCAACCGCCGACAGGCUCCUAGACCCCAGCAAGCAUCCUUCCGUCCUUCAACCCCGGCACGUCCUCAGUUUUCACCAUCACGCAGAGAGUCCUUUACUCCUUCACACCCCUUCCCAACCUUCCAAGAGGCUUCUUCACGCACUUCCCCCGAGAACCAUUUCCCCUCAUCAACUUUCGCAGGACAGCAGUUCGAAACCCUGUUUUCGGGCUUCGACAGCUUUGAGUCGGCUCGACUUCCCAGGCAGAAGCGCGACGUGACCGCGCGGCAGGACGUGUCUUCUCAGCUCGCCGGGAUUUUGACUUCUCCUUGGGAAGGUUCGGUCCCGAACUCAAUCAGUAGCCUCCUUAACCGUAACAACAGGUUCCCCAGAAACCCAAACGUAGACUCUAAACUUCCUAGUAGCAGUAGCCAAGUAGUUGAACAGCCCAACAGACAAGCACAGCCGAGCCCAGCGUCCUUUUCGCUUCCAUUCAGAAUACCUAAUUUUUUCGAAGUGUUGGGCAUGAAAAGGAGAAGUUUGGACGUGGCUCAAGAGAGGCAGGGUAUCACUGACACGUUAGAAGGCUUUUUAACCAGUCCUUACGGCGGCUCGAUUCCUACAUCAAUAGAUAGUUUAUUUAGAAGCAAUAAGAACCGCUUUGUACGCAAAACCCAACCCCAGCCUGUAGCACAUCCGCGUCCCUCUCCCGUAGCAUCUGACGAUCCCUCCCAAGCAGCUGUCCGUCUUUUCCCCAACAAUGACAAUACCGGGUUUCAUGUAGGUAUCCCAUCAGGACAUCGGUUUCAGCAUCACAGCCGCAGAAAGAGAGACCUUUUGGACGCGAGCGAAGACCUUCAGCAAUCAGCCUCAGGGCAGCGGUUUAGACGUCGCCCAAGGCCAGGUCCCCCUGGACGUAACUCGCAUAACAGAGCAAGGGCGAAAAGGCCACACCAUUCUAAAAAGCCUGAAGCCCGAAGACCUAAUUUCAACGAUUUUGACGAUCAAAUCCUUCACGAUUCUAAUGACCAACUGUUCGAUUUAUCUGAGCUCGAGGGCUUUCCCUCGGCCAACUUUUUAGACAAUUUUAAUGCCCCUUUCCCUAAUGAGGAUUUCGAGUUCGAGGAAAUUUCACUUGAAUCUUCUGACGUUCGAGACCAGGUCAGACCUGCUCUCAAAAAACCCUCAAAUCGUCCCACCCGCCUACGGCGCCCCCUUCCGAGACGACCCCCUCCCAGACGACCCUCCACUUCAGGACGACAACACUCUCCUGUAGGACGACCUUCUCCUCCCAGAACCCUCUCCCCUGGCUUACGGCCUGGGCCCUCUCCCCCUGCCCACAUCCUCCCCCCUUCCAACUCGGUUCGCGCCCCCAGACACAUCCUCCUCCGGAAUCGCCUCAUGCCCAAACUCACGCGCCAGCAGGAUAUCCCCAUAUUACGAAGGAGCCUCCAAGUAGCUCAGCGUCGUCAGUCCGAUCAGUCAGUCACUUCCGAUGUGGCCGAAGCAAGGGAGGACAGCGCCGGUUUCAUUGUAGGAAAACCGGAUAAUUUCCCACUAUUCUCGGCCAUCGGGGGGUUCGGUCCCAUGCAAGACAUCGAGAAAGGAGAUUCCGCCUCGAGCUUCGUGCCGGCGUUCAGCAUCCCGACGAUGAGCAUCCCCGACAUCCCCGACCAGCAGCCGCAGUUCGAGUUCCCGCAGUUCGCCCAGCAGGGUCGCGCCGCGCCCCGAGUCCGCCGAACGGCCGGCGAGCCCGACGCCCUGGCCCCGUCCGACGUCCCUCACAAGCGCGUCCACAGGGUCGGCGCAGAGGACCAGCUUCCCCACAGCCGAAACCCCAGAGAGUUCAGGGUCAUACAUGACAGUGAGCUUGCGCCCUCCGAGCCGCCCUUCCGCUUCGAGUCCUUCCCGGCGUUCGAGUUCCACGAAUUCCAAUCCAAGAAGAUCACUCCGGAGAUCACUUCCGCGAGCUUCGGCGACCGCAGCUUCUCUCCUGCUCACCAGUUUCCUCCGAGCAGAGGGAGCGUCAGCAGGAGGGUCGAAGCUCCCCUCGAGGACGCCCACACCGACGACCAGAGGUUCAUCCCCACCGUCCACCCCCACUCGCUGCCCUCGCACCACCAGGCCUUCUUCCCCUCGCCGCCGCUGCCGCCUCGCACUCCGGGUCCAAGAGGAGGUCGCUUCAACUCGCACAGCCCGGGAUUCAGGGAGACCCACCGGCAGAGGGAAGAGCCCUCAGGAUUCAGGGACUUCCACGACACCUUCUACGGCCCAGGGGCACGGGAGGCCCUUCACAAGCCCGAGUUUACGUUCCCGACCAACAGGCGGCCUCACCACCGAGAGCAGGAGUACGGCUCGCUCGACAACUCGCUCCUGGGCUCGGGCAACUUCGAGGUCCUCCGAGGCGGCACCUUCUUCGACCCCGACGACCCGAACAGCCACGGCCACGGCUACGACCACUUCCUCGACGAGGGUUACGCCGUCUUCCCGAAUUCCCACAAUGCUCCACCGACGAAUAACUACGUCGACGAUUUCUUCUCGAAUUUCAGAGACUUCUCGGAGUUCGCCGUCCGCAGGUCCGACGAAGGGGAAACGAUAACGUUAGACGACGAGAGCUUCUUCGGCCCGGGCUUCGCUUCGGAGCACGUGCAGCAGGUGGUCGAAGCUUCCAACAACACAGAGACCGGCACAGAAUCGGAACAUGAGGAAGCAGAAAGACCGGGAGAUAAUGAGGACGGUAGUUUGCCUCACGAUAACACUAGUGACACAGGAAAUCAUCAUAAACAUCGACAACCCAAGAACAUCCAAGAAGUACUGGAAGACUUGGAGGCGGAACCGAGUGAAUACAGCGUUUCGGCUUUGACCAUCGAUGAAAAUGAUCCCUUGAUAGCAAUGUUUUGAUACAGCAAUUCGAUACCAAAAUCUUUAUGUUCGCCUGAUCUAUAUAUUGUAUUUAUUUCUCAAAAAUAUGUAUUGUUCAAAGAAAACGAAGAUCUGUCUUGGGUUAAUCUAAAUGUGCUAGUCUAUGUCAAUGUGUCAAGUAGUUGUUAUUGUGAAGAGCUGUCUCGCAAGCGUCCGUCCCCUUUUUUUACAUGCUGUAUGUGUGGAACCUGAUCGUCUCUUGUUUCCUUUGAGGCGCAUUGUUUAUGAAUGAUCAUUGUUAAGGCCUUUAUGACUCCGACUCUUUUGGUUACGAGGAACUAACUUUCCCGCACACCAAGUCUGAUGUAGAUUCGUAGUUGACGUACCUCAUUAUAGAGGCUUCGAUCUCUUGUAGAUUACAUUCUUGUAUUACUUUGUUGCAACUAGUGAGAAGUAGAGCUGAUAUCACGUUCUGUUUUAUGUCACUGUUCCAGAGCUGGUUCUCGGGAAAUGGUGCCUCCUUGUGUAUAAGGAAGGGAAUAAAAGCUGAUGAUGCAGAAAAAUGUUGAAGGAAAAUAGAAAGGAUAUAAAUAUGAACAUACAC